GAUGUAGUUCACCGGGCACAGCAGCUGCGGCGCUCGGCCGGCGAAGGACUCGGUUUCCCAGAGGGCCGAGCACGACGCAAGAUGGAGACGGCCGGGCCGCUGUAAGCCGCAGCCUCCUGGGUGUGAAGAGCCUCGCAGGGGACUUGGGUGUUGAGGACACAGCCCACAGGACUGGGGCAUCUGCACCCGGCACUGGGAAGGUGUGCUGCGGCCGGACACAUGGCUGAGGUGGGGGCCGGCGAGGCCUCCCCGGGCCUGGAGGUGGAGCAGGGGACGGAGUACGAUGUCCUGCCUCCGCCCACCGUCUCCCUCAGCGACUCCGACUCGGACUCCGACCUCAGCUGGCCAGGCAGCGCCCCUCUGGAGGCUCUGUCCCCAGAGCUGCCGCCUGGGGAGAUCCAGGGGCACUCGGGCCCCGACAGCUCCCCCUCGCCGCCCAGGGGCCCCCCCGAGGCCGCCGUGCAGCCUUUCCGCCUGCGGGGCACCAGCAGCACCUUCUCCCAGCGCAGCCAGAGCAUCUUCGACUGCCUGGAGGGGGCGGCCGGGCGGGCAGUGCCCUCCGCCGGCCAGGCGGGCCUGGGGGACGGUGCGGGCUUCAAGCAGCCCCGGGCGCCCCCCAGCCGGCCCCUAGCAGAGGGCCUGGGCAGAGCCCGGCAGAGCCUCGUGCCCCCCCGGGUACCCCCCGUGCCCGACUACGUGGCCCACCCCGAGCGCUGGACCAGGUACAGCCUGGAGGACACGGCCGAGGCCAGCGAGCAGAGCAACCGGGCGGCCGCCCUGGACUUCCUGGGCUCCCGGCGUGGGGCUGCGCCCAGUGCCUACGAGCCCUCCUUCAACCAGGACCCGUCCAGCAGCGGCGAGGGCCGGGUGGUCUUCUGCAGGCCGCCGCGCGCCGAGGCCCGGCCCGAGAGGAAGAGGGGCCAGCCGGAGGCGGGGCCCCCGGGCCGGGCCGAAGGCACCGUGGAGCUGGCCCACCUGGCCAGGCCCGGGAGCCCCGAGGCCGAGGAGUGGGGGGGCCCCCAUGGGGGCCUGCAGGAGGUGGACAUGCCCGAGGGGGCCCCCCCUGGCAGGCCGGUGGCAGGCCCCCCGGCGGUGGAGACGGUCGGCUUCCACGGCAGCAGGAAGCGGAGUAGAGACCACUUCCGGAGCCAGAGCACGGCCCCCGAGGCCCCCGGGGCUGACGGCUGACGGCGCAGGCCCGCAGGAGCCAGGCGGGCAGCCUGUGGCUGGCGCCGUGGCCUGGUUGGGCUCAGGCAGCCGUCUUGGGCAGGGACCUUGCCAAGGGGACUGGAAGCUGGGCCGUGGGGCCGUGGAGGAACAAUAAAGGUUUUGGGCUUUA